AUGGACAAGGAGCACUGGACAAACGUGAAGUCUACCAUCAUUGAAUGCCUCGCGCUUGGGGUGGUACCCAUCAUCAACGAGAACGACUCCACCAACACGGCAGAGCUUCGUUUUGGCGACAACGACAACCUCGCAGCACUCACAGCUGUCCAGCUUGAGGCGGAUGCGCUGUGCCUGUUUACAGAUGUCAACUGCGUCUACACCGCGAACCCACGGACCAAUCCAGAUGCCAAGCCUUUGCAUGUGGUUGCAGAGCCGUGGGCUUUGCGCGUCGACACCAAGGAUGCUGGCAGCGGGCUUGGGACUGGUGGUAUGGCCACGAAGAUCUUGGCGGCACGCACGGCCUCGGUUUCCGGCAUCCCCUGCGUGCUGCUCAACUCCUGCUUCCCUCAACGCCUGCUGGGGCUCCUGGACUUCACCCCGCCGGAAGCCAUCGAGGAAGCGAAGCUGCCUGAGGAGGCGACGUAUUUCAUGGCCAUGGACUGCACGCAGACGGUGCACGACACCCGGCGCUGGAUCGUGUCGCUGCCAGUGGCUGGCGAGCUAACCUUGGAUGAUGGCGCUGCGAGAGUGCCCUGGCCGAAGGUUUAG